AUGGAGACCUCUUCACCGUUGGCCGCCAUCCGGCCGGCGCCUCCCACCCCCAUGUUUCCGACGCCGCGUCGCGCCCUAUUUACCACGGCCACCAUGAUGGACGGAUUCAAGUCUCGUGAAUAUCUUACCACGCCUCCAUUGGCACCAUCGUCGUCGCCUGGUAAUGUCGACAUGAUGGACAUGUCACCAUUGCCGCAGAAGGGUGCCUUUGCGGGCCAUGUCGAAGUGGCAUCUCCAACACCGAGCAUUCCUAUGAGUGAUGAUAUCAUGAUGGAGUCUCCCAUCCCACAAAAGACUGUCAUGGAUACAUCCAAGGCCGUUGGUGCCGAAGCCCGCAGAAAGCUUGGUUUGAUGCGGCCAUCUCUCAGCCGUGCCAAAGGUUACACUACGGGGUCCAUCCCGGGUCGUUCCAAUGGUGAUAACCAGUUCCCCUCCCUAAAGCUCGGGGGUGAGGUGCAGCUCGGCUCCUCCCCUUCGACCUCGAUGUCGUUGAGCGAAUGUUUUCAGGACUCGCCUCCUCAACAGAGGCGGUCCCUCAGUGCUAAUAGCCCUUGCAUGAUCAUGGCAAGCAAUCGCCCAAGGCCCCAGUUCAACUUGCCUGGUCUUAGCGGUGUCCGCAACGGAUCACCAAUCAGCCACUCUCGCAAGUCUUCGAAUCCUGCCGGCCGGCCGCGGAGGUGGACGACUCGUCGCUCACUGAGCAUGUUUGAAAGCGCCGAGGAGAUUAUGAAACCCAAGGAGCCUGACGCUGCUCUGCCCGAAAUCGAGGAAACCCAGGAGCCACUGCUACCGCAUUUCAUGCCCGAAGAUGAACAAGAUAACAUUCCUCGCAUUACCCGCGACACCAUGCUUGAAGUGUUGGACGGCAAAUACAGCGACCAGUACCAACACAAGAUGAUCGUCGACUGUCGCUUCGAGUACGAAUAUGAGGGUGGUCACAUUGAUGGCGCCAUCAACUACAAUGAUAAGGAUCUUCUGGCAGACCAUCUGUUUCGCACUCCCAUGCCAGGGCGCACCCUUCUCAUCUUUCACUGCGAAUACUCUGCUCACCGUGCUCCGCUCAUGGCUCGCCAUAUCCGUUCCCAGGACCGACAACUGAACCAGGAGGCUUACCCGAGACUCACAUACCCUGAUGUUUACAUUCUGGACGGGGGUUAUAGUGGUUUCUUCUCUGAACACCAAGAACGCUGCUACCCUCGGGCGUAUGUUGAGAUGGGCGCCGCUGGGCACGAGAAGACUUGCGAGCGGCUGAUGGGCCGCUUAAAGCAGCAGCGCAAAGGGCUGGGUCGUGCGCAAACGUAUGCAUUUGGUGAUCGGAUCCAGGAUUCGCCAACUGGACCAGGUCGUGCCAUCAGCCGUGAUUGUGAGUUUGCGGACCUUGGACAAUCGCCACUUGGAGCGGAUCGUGGGCCUCCACGACGAAUGGUCUCUUUCUAA